CGUGCCAACAUGCUCGUAUAAGGUCGUACUGUUGGACUGCUUGAUCAUCUGGUGAGAAGUCCUGCUCUUGUUCCUGUUCCUGAAGAAAUGUAGCGGUGCGCUUCUCGCCGAUCGACGUCAUGGCACCUUGGCCGUAACAAUUUGCCGCUUGCCGAAAAAAAAGCACAUCUGGAUCCCACCCAUAAACUCCGUCAGCGCGGGAUUACGCCUGAUGGAGCAGCUGUCUCGCACGGUCAGUGCUGAGAGCGCGCGCUCACGGACGACACCACACCUCCUGGCCUCGGGGAGCAGCUCAUCCGCCGCCAGCAGAAAGGCGCGGUCUUCGGAGCCGGAGACCAUUGGAAGCAAUGUCGAACGCGCGAGCGUUUCUAUGCCGCCACCGGGCUCGAAGCCCAUUGCGAGGCAGUUCCCAUCGCGACGGCCCUCGAAAGCGUCCGACAGCAGCCUCCUCGACUGCCUGGGCGCCGCCAGAAAUGGCUCCGCCAUCGACGACCUCGACAAUGCGACGCCGACCCUAGAGGCUUCCCGCGGCGGGAGCCUCGCGUCAACGCUGACGCUGCCGGAUGCGUACCGCCCGCCGAGAUCUGAAGCCGACGCAGAGUCGAACCGCAUGUCCUUUUCGUCCCUCUACUCCAUAGGCUCGGCAAUAUACCCAAACACAAGAGGAAUGAGUGGGCCUGGGUCCGUAGCAGGCUCCGAGGCGGAGCUGAAAGUGGAAGGCCCGCCGCAUGGCACGACGACCGCCACGUCCUCGCUGUCAAUAACUACGUCGAGCCAGAAUGGCAGUCUGGGACCCAAGCUCUCGCCCACCCAACACCUCUUCUCCAAAGAGCCUGCGAGCCACAACCACAAUCCCAACGGAAACCAGCCAAGCCCGUCCCCGGGCCCCACCCACGCCGCUACCGCACCGUCGCCGGGCUCGCAGCCAACCUCGAACCCGCAAGGCAAUGCUCGCCGCUCACGGAGCCGCACCACCGCCCAAAGACGCAUUAGUGGGAGCACGGGCGCGAGCAGCAGCCCGGGCAGCAGAGACAUGAGGGAGCCGAAGAAGCCGACAAAAGGCAUCAUUGGUGUCUGCGCGCUGGAGUCGAAGGCGCGAAGCAAGCCAGCUCGCAAUAUUUUUGGCAAGCUGGUUGACGACUUUGAGGUCAAGAUCUUCGGAGACAAGAUCAUACUAGACGAGGACGUGGAGAAUUGGCCCAUCUGCGACUUCCUGAUCUCCUUCUUCUCCGAUGGCUUUCCGCUCGACAAAGCAAUUGCAUAUGCACGCUUGCGCAAGCCUUUCUGCGUCAAUGAUCUCCCCAUGCAGCAAGUCCUCUGGGACAGACGGCUCUGCCUAGCCAUCCUCGACAAGCUGGAUGUGCCGACGCCGAAACGGGUUGAAGUCAAUCGGGAUGGUGGGCCCAGAUUGCAUUCAUCAGAGUUCGCGAAAGCCCUGAAAGACAGGACGAGAGUGACCCUGCCAGGUCCUCCCGAUGGAACUGGAGGUGGCGCUCUACCGCCGAAGAAGGUCGAGCUCGUCGAUGACGGAAAUAGCAUUCGGGUUGACGGUGUCACGCUUACCAAGCCUUUUGUGGAGAAGCCUGUGAGCGGCGAAGAUCAUAAUAUUAACAUUUAUUAUCACAAAAAGGACGGUGGCGGUGGCCGAAGGCUGUUCCGCAAAGUGAACAACAAGAGCUCGGAAAAGGACGACACCCUAGACGUUCCGAGAUGCAUCACCGAGCCUAAGAACAGCUACAUCUACGAGCAGUUUCUACAAGUAGAGAACUCAGAGGACGUCAAAGCGUACACCGUGGGGCCGAACUUCUGCCAUGCUGAGACAAGAAAGUCACCAGUUGUCGACGGUCUGGUAAAACGAAACCCAAGCGGUAAAGAAGUCCGGUACGUGACUAAGCUCAGCGAAACGGAAGCAGCCAUGGCAGCCAAGAUCUCGGAAGGGUUCGGUCAGAGAGUCUGCGGAUUUGACCUCCUUCGCACCGGAGAUCGCAGCUACGUUAUCGACGUCAAUGGUUGGAGCUUCGUCAAAGACAACCAAGACUACUACGAGAAAGCUUCCAAGAUCCUCAAGGACCUAUUUAUACAGGAGAUCGCGCGCAGAGAACGAAAAGAGGUCCAACAGGCCGCCUCUGAAGUCCUGGAAGGGCCGUCCUCGUCGGCGACGUCGAGGAAGAGUGGGAGUCACCGCCAAGCGCUGAAAGGAUUGUUCAAGUCUCCUAGUAUGUCAAAAUUGGCUAACAAUCACCCCCACCUUCCCCAUAUCCGCCAUUCGGGCACCGUGCCCUCUUCUCCUGAGGCUUCACUAAGCACGACCCCACUUACAGCUUCUCCGAGUUUUGAAAAGCCUUUAAGCACCGUAGUUCCAAGCACUACUCCUGCCGCGCUUAAAUCGGAGCCAGAUCUCCUAUCGCCGCCGGGCCCGCGCGACAAGAAUCUACAGCUCGGCAUCGAAAAGUCACACUCAGACGAACAAGUGAUCGUGCCGCCUCCAGCUUCCAAAGCGCAAUGGAAACUCAAAGGUGUUGUGUCCGUUAUUCGGCACGCCGAUCGUACGCCUAAGCAAAAAUUCAAGUACACGUUCCACACGAAGCCUUUCGUCGACCUGCUCAAAGGACACCAGGAGGAGGUCCUGCUGAUCGGCGAAGCAGCAUUACAGAGUGUGAGUGACGCUGUCAAGCUGGCAAUGGAGGACGGCGUCGAGGACCCUAAGAAGCUCCGCGAGUUGCAGAUUUAUCUGAACAAGAAGGGAGCUUGGCCGGGAACUAAAGUCCAGAUCAAGCCAAUGUUCCGGAAGAGGCGGAAAGAGGAACUUCUCCCUGGGGAGACAGCUGAAGACUCUCCGGAACGGAAAAGGGCUGGGUCGGCGUCUGGCGAUGGUGCUGAUGCCGCCCGAUCCGCCGCGAAACGUAGCGACUCCAUGUCGGGUCUCACCCUCUCCAGGAUUUCCGCCGCCGAGAACAAUCUUAUCCUUGACAAGCUGCAAUUGAUCAUCAAGUGGGGAGGCGAGCCGACGCAUUCUGCCCGCCACCAGACCCAGGAUAUGGGUGCCAACUUCCGGAACGACCUGUUGCUUAUGAACAGGGAAGUCCUCGACGAUGUCUCCAUUUUCAGCAGCUCUGAACGGCGCGUCACCACAAGCGCUCAGAUCUUUGCGGCAUCCUUCCUCGAAAAGGAUCAAUAUCCGUCUGAGAACAUUGAGGUGCGCAAAGACCUCUUAGAUGAUUCUAACGCGGCGAAAGACAUCAUGGACAAGGUGAAGAAGAAACUUAAGACGCUGCUUCGAGCUGGCGAUAAAGCACCUCCGCAGUUUGCUUGGCCGAAAGACGUACCAGAGCCCUACAUCGUGGUCAGACAGGUCGUCGACUUGAUGAAGUUUCACCAGCGCGUCAUGAACCACAACUUCAAGAAGCUGGAUUCCGCCGCUGUCUUGUCCCUGAACGCUAUUGCAGGCGGCCCAGGAGACGUGACUUCCCCUGGGGCGUUGUCUCAUCUUACCAAUGUGAACCAGAUCCAGCCCCGUUGGUGCUGUAACGAAGGACCAGAGCUGUUCAAGGAGCGCUGGGAGAAGCUGUUUAAAGAGUUCGGAGAUGCUGACAAGGUCGAUCCGAGCAAGAUCUCCGAGCUGUACGACUCCAUGAAGUUCGAUGCCCUUCAUAAUCGCCAGUUCCUCGAGUGGGUUUUCACGCCGGACGCCGGCUUCCUCGAAGAGGAAGCCAUCGUGAACGGCUCCAGGCACCCAUCAACCGACAACAGCCAGGCCAGACCAGCGCCAGCUCCCGCUGAUAUCCAGCCAAAGGCGGACGCGAAAGAAAACCACACAGAGAAGCCUGCGGAGCGCGGGAACAUUGCGCACCGUAUGGGUUUUAGGAGGCGGUCUGAGAUUGUUGUCAAGCCUGUUGCACCCCCCACCUACGCGCACGAGUCCUACUUCAAGCUUUACACGGGCGUUGGCAACGCUGUAUCGAAAGCUCAAGUGGACGCCCGACUUGUGAAGCUUCGCGAAAUGUACCAUCUUUCCAAAGUCCUUUUCGACUACAUUGGCCCGCAAGAAUACGGCAUCGACAAUGAGGAGAAGCUGGAGAUCGGUCUCCUCACGUCCCUCCCUCUUCUGAGAGAGAUCGUCGAAGAUUUAGAAGAGCUUCAAGCGUCCGAUACCCCGAAGUCCUUCUUCUAUUUCACCAAGGAAUCACACAUCUACACGCUUCUCAACUGUAUCCUUGAGGGCGGUAUCAAAACGAAGAUUGCGCGCAAUGCUAUUCCCGAGCUAGACUACCUCUCGCAGAUCGGAUUCGAGUUGUAUGAGUCAGAGAAUGCCACGCAAGAUGAUGAACCGAACACUUUCAACUACAGCAUUCGUAUCACAUUGUCGCCAGGUUGUCACGCUUUCGCACCGCUUGAUGUACAACUCGAUUCUCGCCACAUGAUUGGUUUCUCACCCCGUCGCAGUCUCACAGCACACCACGACUGGAAGGAGGUUCUAGAGACCCUUCGCGCAAAGUUCCACAAUGUCAAGUUACCAAAGAGUUUCGUCGCCAUCAACCUGAGCGAGAAAGUCCCCGAUGCUUUUGACGAGCGGAGGGCUAACGGCAAGGGCAAAGAGAAGGAAGGAGUCAAAGCCACGAAGGAAGGCACGGACACGGAGCUGGUCACUCCGCCCGGGCUGUCUCUGGACAGUUAGAUCGGCUUAGAUGGUUGCAUUGGGUGGGUGGCUAUCGUCAGCGCUUUUAACACGAAAAGAAGAUAGACGUGCCUAGAUUCCAGACGGGGUGUAUCGGGUUUGCAUAUGAACGUAGUAAUAGAAAAGUAACCAUGGAGUUGCAUGGGC